GAGGGCGGUGGCGGCGUCAUGCUGCGAGUGGCGGCGGCGGAGCGCAACAAGGACCCGAUCCUGGCGGUGCUGCGGCAUUACGCGGCGCCCGGCGCCGUGCGGGUGCUGGAGGUGGCCGCCGGCUCGGGCUUGCACGCCGCGCACUGCGCCCGCGCCCUGCCUCACGCCCUCUGGCAGCCCUCCGAUGUGGACCCGCAGGCCCUGCAGAGCAUCGCUGCCUACAGAGAAGCCAUGCAGGUGCACAACAUGAUGCCACCCAUCUACCUGGAUGCCUCGCAGAGCUGGGAGACAUGGGGUGGCACCCAGCCUGGCACGCUGGACCUCGUCAUCAACAUCAACAUGAUGCACGUCUCAGAGCUGCGGUGCACGGAGGGCCUGUUCAAGGGAGCGGGAGUGUUGCUGAAGCAUGGAGGUGUGCUGUUCACCUAUGGGCCAUAUGCCAUUGGUGGGCAAAUCAGCCCUCAGAGCAACGUGGACUUUGAUUGCAGUCUGAGGCAGAGGAAUCCGGCCUGGGGCCUUCGGGACACAGAUGUGUUGCAGCAGCUGGCUGAAGCCAAUGGGAUGUGUCUGGAGAGGAUGGUGGACAUGCCUGCGAACAACAAGUGUCUUAUUUUCCGCAAGAUGUAACCUGCCGUCCCUCUGCCUUCUGCUUCUCUGUGACUGUAGCAUCUCAUGGUCUCUGAGUGGGAGCUUUCGUAUCUCUGGGCCACCCUCCCAGCAAGGCUGUUCCUGCAUCCCCAUCUUUGAUGCUUUCUUGAUGGUUCAAACCACCCACACCCCAUUCUUCUGGUGCCAGGCUGAGGCUUUACUGGCAGCCAGGAGCUGGACAGUAGCAGCAAAGGGACAGUGCCACAGUCACCCUGGCACCAGGCUGGACCUGGCUGGUAUUCUCAGGGUCCAUCUUCUGUUCCUCCCUGCAGAGUGGCGGAGACCAGCUCUGGCAGGGGUUAAGGGUUCAGCCAAACAGCUUGCAGACAAGAUGGGGCUUCUCUCAGGGGCCUUAGGUGUGUAUGGGGCUGAUGGAGGGCUGGUGGACUUGAGGUCCCCUCUCUGUCCCUGUCUCAGAGUGUUCCCUCCUGCGAACCAUGGUCCCGGGGUGGGGGAGUUGGAGGGAGAGAUGAAGAGAAGGGGAAUAGGACUCCUCCUGCCCUAUCUUUCCUGGAGAAACAGGUUUGUUCACUCUAGCCUUUGCCAUUCCCUGCUUCCAUCUCCAGCUACAGAUUUGCUUUUGCAUCCCCUUUGCAAGGAAAGUGUGCCCUUUUAUGGGCCACAAAAGCCACCACUGCUGCCAUGGAGGCCUCUUAACAUGGGCAGCUGAGCCUAGGGAACAGCGCACAGUCUGGUGCUAGGGCAACCUUUGUUUUGGUGCCUCAGUUUCCCUCUCUAUGCAAAAGAGAGAAGCCACAUGUAUCUGGGAAAGCACUUUACCAGAGGCGUAGGGAAUUUCAUCCUGUUUCUAACACUGUGGAAGUUUGCCAGACUCUGGCUUGAGGUCUAGCUGCAGACCAGUUUCUCCAGGCCUGGCUGCUGCAAAUUGCCCCCUUCCACCUGGAGCCAAUUACUAGAAGGGCACUUUCCUCCAUCUCCCAUUUUGCCAGCACUGAAGCUUCGGGGGCUCUUGAGCACUCUUGUCCUAAGUCCUCACACCCAGUGCAUUACGUCUCGUGUGGUGUUACAACAUUGAAGGGAAGUGGAAAGCUUGCUCCGGGAGAGCCUAGGUUAUAUUAUACUGGGCUUGGAGGCUUUGGUGCUGUGAGAAGGUUGGGAGGGCUGGAAGACCUCCCACCCUUCUACAACCUAACCCAGUCUUUUAUUGAUAGUGUCUGGGCUGGAAGGGUACACAGAGGGGGCACACAGACAGAUAAAUUACAAGGAAGAUAAGGCUGGACCAGAGCUCAGUACAGGAGGGGGAAUUACAAAAUGAUAAUAAUUACUAAAUAAAAACACUGGUCUGUGGGA